AUGUCGCCGUCUGCGCGCGAGUCGGAUCCGCUGGUCCUGCGCAGUGACGCGCCGUCGUCCACGACGUCGACGUCCACUGCGCCGCGACAUUACGGCGGCUUCGAGCAGCAGAAACGCGCGUGGGCGGCCACUGCGCAGCGGUCGCAGCGGCUCCGCGCGAUUGCGACACUGCAGCUGCUGUUGGGGCUGUUGGCGUGCGGGAACUACUUGUGGCUGUCGAACGUUCUGAUGGCCGUCGUCGGCGUCGUGGGGUGUCUGGCGGGACGCUCGGAGCGCACGAGUUGGGUCGUUGUGUACUUGUUGCUGAGCGCGAUGGAGUUUGCACGGAUUGUGCUGCUGACGCCGCAUCUGCACGAGCGCGUUGAAGUGCCGGGAGUCGCUCUCUCGCGCUACGAGAUGUUUCAGGUUGUCGUGCUCGUGCUGGAGGAAGUGGUGUUUGUGCCAGCAGCGUUCUACGUGUGCAUCGUCGCUGCGGCAGCAGGUGCGAAUCCCUGGUGUUAA